CCGUUAAUUAGCCACCGUUAAGAAGUUUUUUGCCCCAAAAAAAUGUUAAAGGGCACAGAUGCCCGCCCAUUGGUGACAACCUAAAUUAUUCUAUUCGAAUUGCAAAAGAAAUUUAUUCGGUUGAACCUAACAUAAUCAAACAAGAGUUUUUUACUCGAAGAGCAGUUGGUCCCAGACUCGCAGUGCAGCAUUCCUAGUUAGCGCCAAUAUCCAUGGUGAGAUUUGAUUAAAGCGGGGCAAUGGGAGGAGAAACAAAUGAAGUUGGGGUUUCUCGUGAAGAAGAGAAGCUUGUGAUGAUUGGAGGUUAUGAAAAGGGUGUGGAGUUAGAUGCUCGUGAAGGGGAAACAGAAUCAGGUGAUGGGUGUGAUGAUGUAUCUAGUGGAAAAAGUGGAGAGGAUGAGUCAGAAGAGGAGAUAAUGCCUUUUAGUUUCUUGGUGGACGAUGCUAAUUACAAUGAACUUGCAGAGAAUAAGAGAAAAGCCAUUGCGUCUUACCAAGAUGACAAACAGACUUCGAAGAAACAGAAGGGGGAGGUAGAGUUUCUAGGUGCUAGCAUGGAUGAAAUCAUGGAAGCCAUGAAUUACGGGUCUAGGAGGAAGUCAAGGAAGAAAAAGAGAAAAGGAAGGCGCAAAGGUUCUAGAAGCAACAUGGACCCCGAAGCCAGGAAAAUGUUAGGUGAGGCCACGCUGUGCUAUGCGACAGGGGAUUACGAGAGGGCCAUACAGUUGCUCAGUGAGUGUAUUAGGCGUAGCCCAACGCACGAUGCUUAUCAUACGCUCGGCCUCGUCUACAACGCAAAGGGCGAUAAGAAAAGGGCCAUCUGUUAUUACAUGCUUGCUACACAAAGUGUAGACAGGCCAAAGGACACAUCCCUCUGGAAGUCACUACUUUCUUGGUUUUUAGAUCAAGGUAAAGCUGCUGCUGUUAAUUAUUACCUUCCCAAGGCCAUAGCUGUGGACCCCAAUGACAUCAUGCUUAAGUUCCUUGGCGCAUCACAUUACACUGAACUCAAAGAGUAUGAGAAAGCUGCAAAGCUGUAUGAACAGAUACACCACCUCAGACUCAAUGAUUCUGAAGUCUGCAUGGCAGCAGCUGAGCUGUAUAAGCAGUGUGGUAAGGUUGAAUCUUCGCUGGUUGCUCUUGAGAGUUAUCUCAGCCAUUGCCCAACCCGUGGCGAUCCACGAAUCACUUUGAUGCUAGCCAGCAUAUGCAUUGAGAACGGUGAGUAUUCUAGAGCUCUUCAACAUAUUCAAAAAAGGGAAGAUUGUUCCAGUAGAGAAUCUUCCUUUAGAGAUCUAAUAACAGCUAAGGCAGGAAUUUGCUACCUCCAUCUCGGAGAUCUAGAUAGCGCAAAAUCCCGUUUUGGGUCACUCCGUGUUGAGAAAGUAAAUGACAUUAUGGAGUCAAUAAUUGAAAUCGCAGACACAUUCAGGAAGCUCGGUCAUCAUCAGUCUGCUUUGCAUUACUACUUGAUGUUGGAAAAAGAUUUAGGAUCAACCAGUGGAAAUCUGAAUUUAAAAAUCGCUGGAUGUUACUUGUCUUUAGAAAAGUGGGAUGAAGCAAUUGAAUCCUUCUACAAAGCUCUACCUUUACUUGAACAUGGUGUUGAGACUCGGCUUACCUUAGCUUCACUUCUUCUUGAGAGAGGUAGAGACGUAGAAGCCAUAUUUCUUCUUUCUCCCCCAAAUCCAGGGGUUGAGUUGAAAACCAUAUGUAACAAUAACAACAUCAUCAACAACAACAACAAUAUACAAAGUGAUGAAUGGUGGAAUGAUGUGGAAGUGCAACUUAAGCUUUCCAACAUCUACCGAGAUAAAGAUAUGAUUGGAGAAUUCGUUGACACAUUUUAUCCCUUGGUUUGUCAGGCUUUUACCUUUGAACCUCCAAAAAUGGCAGCUAAGAAUAAAAAGCUCCCUGAGAGAGUGCAUCAAGAAAGAGCCAAAAUGUUAUACGCUGAUCAAACUGACGAUCUAGUCCUAGGUUUUAAACCUGUGGCUAAUGUAGAGGAUAGACAAAAGGCCAUGAGAGCAAAGAGGGUACUCGAGAAGAGAUCUUCAUUGAAAGAUGAAAAGAAAAGACGAUCUCUAGCCGCUGGUAUGGAUUUGAUGGGCGAAGAUUCAGAUCCAGGCUCAGAUUCAGAAUCUCGGGUACCGUUGCACAAGAAGAAAUCUCCAACACCCAAACUCCUAAAAGACACAGAGAAUCAUCAACUUUUUGUGGACUUGGCCAAAGCUCUUGCAUCUCUAGGAAGAUACGAAGAGGCAUUUGACGUUGGCAUACUUACGCUCAGAUUUGCUUCCAACAUAUUGUCAGAUGAAAGAAGGGAAAGUAUUACAACCGUCGCUGUCCAGGUGGCAUGUGAAGUCCAAGACACAAUGCGCAGCUGCAAGUUCCUGAAGUCUAUCCUUCUUAAACACCCUUCUAAAAUGGAAACAUGGAGUUACUACUAUAAAGCACUAUCAAAAGUAGACAAGACCCUCCCCUCAAGAAAAAGACAAAAACGCAUUCACAAUCAACGGACAGCUUGUGUCCCGUCUAUCAUCAUCGAAGGCCAUAAGUUUGGUAACAUCCAUCAGUACCAUGUAGCAGCUAGGAAGUACCUGGAAGCUUGCAAACUUCAACCCAAUUGCCCUUUAAUUAAUCUUUGCGCAGGAACUGCGUUGAUUAACUUAGCAUCAGAUAUUAGGCUGAAGAGUAAGCAUGAAUGUGUGUUACAAGGGCUGGCUUUUCUGUACAACAAUUUGAGGCUAUCUGAGAAGGAGAGCGAUAUCCGCCAAGAAGCCUUGUACAACAUAGCACGGGCAUAUCAGCUUGUGGGGCUCGUCACUAUUGCAGCUUCUUACUAUGAAGAGGUGCUAAGGACUCCUGUGAAGGAUUGCCCAUUUCCAAGGUUUGGAUAUGAUGAAAGUCAACAGCAUGCACACCGAACCGAAAAGUUGGCUGGUUAUUGCAACCUUCGUAGGGAAGCAGCGUACAACCUUCACCAUAUUUAUAAGGCAAGUGGGGCUUUGGACCUUGCUAGGCAGCUUUUGCAGGAUUAUUGCACUGUGUAAGAUAUAUAGUUUGAAGUUCUUUUAAAUAUAUAUCUACUCUAGCCAAUGUGCAAUCUAAUCAGGUGAUUUUUUUUUGUAUAUAGUGCUUGUGCUUUUUUACCGACCAUUUUUUCUUAUUCAUUGAUUUGCUUCUAGUUUUUGUUUGCUGCAAUUAAUAGGUUGAAAUUCAAAUAUGGGUCUCUCACCGUAUCUUAACCCAGUAGAUGGUGGAGCUGUAUGUGUAAUCCUUUUCAACACGGCCAUCUCUAUAUCCACCGUCAAGGAAUUGGCCCAAUCUAUCCUCAUUCCUCAAUGUUAUAGGCAUUUGUAUAGAAGCACCACGGGAAGAGUACCCCAUCACCACCAUGGAAGACACAAUUGUAGAAUCUCAGGCUUCUCCCCCGGAGUCCGACAUGGAAGAAUUCUGGAGCCAAACCCCAACAAUCCAUUAUGACUUGGUUUGCAUUUCGGGUGCAGAAGAAGAAAAACCUGGUUGCUGCUGACUGCUGUUGUGUGUGCUUCGCUGAGUUUGAAACGGAUUCUAAGAUAAACUGGUUAUCGUGUGGGCACAUUUUCCACAGGUUGUCUUGAGAAGUGGCUCAGGUGUUUGAGCGUCACUUGCCCAAUCUGCAGGAACUCCGUCAUGCGACUUCACAGAUGCGAUGAAGACGGCGCGGGAACUUGUCCGAUGUGAGCAGUUUAUGGAAGUCAUUAUGUACAGCCUAGCGGUUUAGAUGGAUGAUGCAAGGUGAUGUUUUCUAAAGGAGGAAUUGUUCUCCCAACCAUUAGGAUGAUGAUGACAUGUGCCUCUAUGGAUGGUAGAUUUGAAUCUGAAGAUGGAGUCCUAUGUCACUUUCUGCUAAUGCCACAUAGAUGUAGGGCAUCUCUCUAUCAGGGGAAGACAAUUGUUUCGUUUGAAAGAAACAUGUAUGAACGUGAUUGACCGCUAACCUAUCACCAGAUCAUAUGGCAUUCUGGCGAAUGUUUGCGUUCUUUAGGACUUAGGAGUGACGGGUCAUCAUAACUUGUAUAUACAUUUUCAUCAUCAUCAUCAUCAGUACUUUAAUCCCAACUAGUUUGGAUAGGUGGUAUUAAAUUAACAGUGCUAAUUAAUUGUAUUAAUUAAUUAAAAUAACUUAAGAGUGUGUGUUCUUUAAAAACAGUGAGAACAAUUUAAAAUUGUGUCACCAAUCACCAA